AUGUCCAGCUCUCCACCUCUCACGCCGCCUUCCGUCCAAACUGUGGAGAGUUCGGGGCCUGGUCCGCCUGCGUCAAGGGAAUACCUUCCCGAUGUUGAACACGAGGUGUUUAAGCACUUCAGUAUCAUCAAGCGGGAGGAGGGCAAGGCACAGCAGUACGAGUGCAAAUACUGCUUCAAUGUGUUCUCUGGUGCCGCCAUCCGUUGCGCUCAGCACCUGACGUCAUGGAAGAAGAUGAAGCGCCGUGAGGUGUCACUUUGCAAGGAGGCACUGGCUGAUGUUCGCCACGCGAUGAAGACCAAGUACGAGAAGAAGGCUGCUGAUGCAGAGGAGAGGCGGAGAUCGACUGAGGCUGCGAUUGCCGCGGUGAAACCCUGUGGGAAGCGGGCCCGCAUUACCGACUAUCUCGAGGGCGACGCAGCAGCGAAAAAGCGCGAAGCACAUUUGUCGCUGGCGCUGAUGUUUGCGGGAUGUCACAUCCCGGAGCAGAUCGUCGACCAUCCUCUCUUCGUCAACGCAAUCAGAGACGUCGCCCGCGCCGGCGACGGUUAUGUUCCUCCAGUGCGGAAGUUCAUCGGCGGUACCGGUCUGCAAGCAUGCCGCCGUGGCAUUGAAAGCGGGUUGGUGGGCAUCAAGGCAAGCUGGAAGAGGACAGGAGUUACCCUUGCGUCCGACAUGAUGACGGACAGAAACGGGAGGCCGCAGGCAAAUGUGUUCCUCGUGAAUGACGUGGCCGCCGUGUUGGUCCAGUGCGUGGACUGCAACAUGGAGAAGAAGACAGGGGGGUACAUUGCGGGGUUACUGAAGCACGUGAUCGAGGAGGUGGGGCCAGAGAACAUCGUGGCUAUUUGUACGGACGGGGGCUCCAAUUACGCGGUAGCGUGCCAGCAGUUGAUUGCUGAAUGGCCCCACAUUCAGCAUGUUCCGUGUGCGACCCACGUGUUGGAUCUGCUCAUGGAAGAUGUGGGGAAGCUUGGGUGGGCGAAAAAGGUGGUGGAUCGGACUACGGAGAUGUCUUCCUUCGUCCGCAACCACCACUGGACGCGGGGGUACUUGCGGACACCGGAGAUGGUCGGGGGGGCCGUGAAGCAGGCCUUGAAGCCAGCGGGAACCCGCUUCGGGACCCGCAUGUGUGAGCUCCGUAACUCCCUUACCCAGAUGGUGCUCUCCGACCUGUGGAAAGAGUGGGCUGUGGGAGAGCGGAAGAAGGCUGCGGAGGGGUUUGCCGCGCACGUACUUGACGCGGCUUGGUGGAAGACUGCAGAAUUCUUCGCGAAGCUCAUGAAGCUCCCAUACAUGGCAAUGCGGCGGACGGAUGGGGGCGCUAAGGGGAUGAUGGGGCGCAUGUAUGGCAUCAUGCUCCAACUUACCGAGGAUGUGGAGGCCAUUGUUGACGCGGAUGAGGAGCAUUUGUCCAACACCGACAAGCAGCAGAUCCGCCGCAUCCUGAAAAACAUGUGGGACGGGAGUCUUGCGUGCGCCAUGCACGUGGCGGGACGCAUCCUCAACCCCGCCAACCAAGAGGAGGAUAUAUUCGGCGGGGAUGCCGAAUGCACGCGGGUCUUCAAGGCUUUUAUCUCCAGCCAUGCGGAGUUCCUCAACAGCAGGGGUGGGAACGAGGGGGAUGAUGAGUGCGACUACCUGCUCACCUUGGGGAACCAGUUGAGGUCUUUUCUCGAUCUGAAAGGGAGUUUUGGAGCCCCUGACGCUAUUGCACAGUGGGAGAAGGUAAAGGCGGGCACUUACAGCAUGGUCAAUUGGUGGCAGUGGAACGGAACAGAUGCGCCCCAGCUGUCGGCGCUCGCCGUACAGACUCUCUCGCAGCCUGUCUCGGCAUCUCCCUGUGAGCGUGGUUGGUCGUCGUGGGAAUCAGUCCACACUGCCCGCCGCAACCGCCUAGGAUCCGCGAAAUGCGCGGAUGUGGUGUACGUCACUCACAACUGGAACGUUGUGCGUGGAUGGCACACGCGCGAUGAUGUGAUGCGAUCAGUUGUGCGCGGGAACGAGGUGGAGCCGCCCAUCCCCGCUGGCUACAACAUCUCGGAUGAGAUGGAGGAGGAGGAAGGCCCCGUGCACCCGACCCGAGGGGGUGGGGAGAGGGGGAGUUGGGGGGGUGAAGGCAGGGCAGGAGAGGGGGUGGCUAUGGGUGGGUCGUUCGUGGCCGCCUUGAGUGCCUCUAAUAUUUGA